GUCUUUAAAAGUAGGAUGUCACAUAUAUCAAUAACAAAAGCAUGUCAAAAGGAGGACACACAGCUGAACGGAAGGAAGGUUGUGGUUGUUGAUACCCCUGGCUUUUUCAAUACCAGUCAUCCACAGAAGGAUAUUGCUGCAGAAGUGAGAAACUGCGUGAAGUUUUGCUCCCCGGGUCCCCACGUCAUUCUGCAUGUGAUACGUCCUGGUUGUUUCAGCCAGGAGGAGCAGGGGGCGGCUCAGCUGAUCAAAGAGAUUUUUGGCCUUAAAGCCAAAAAUUACAUCAUCCUUUUGUUCACUCACAAAGAGGAUCUGGAAGGUACAUCUCUUAAAAAUUUCAUAGCUGUAUGUAAUAAAAACCUGAAGGAAUAUGCUGCUGAAUGUGGCAACCGGUUCCUGGCUUUCAACAACUGGGCCAAAGGCGCGGAACGAGAGGCUCAGGUGACCGAACUGAUGACCAUGAUUGAUCGUCUGGUGGAAACGAACGGAGAUGCUCCUUGUUACACGGAAGAGAUGAUGAAGUUCAACAAAAGACACAAGUUCUGGACUUUCUUCAAGGGCACGGGAAGAUCCUGCCCACCCUUCCUAGUAUCAGGCACCGGAAGCGCCAGCGACACGCAGGAGCCCAGCAUGGCCCUGGCCGAGGACGUCAUGGAGAUUCCAGCGCUCGGCCGCCCCUUCCAGCUGGGGAUGCUGUACGACUGCCGCAAGGAUGCCCUGAUCCCAGGAAUCACCCUCUGGGACCACUGCUCUCUGCAGAAGGACCUGACCAUCAAACCUCAGCCCAAGACCGAAUCGGAAAUCCUUGCGUCCGACGCCAUUGACGACAAGGCCUCCGCCCUGGACAUCUCAGCAAACCUCAAGGCCAGCUUCCUGGGGGGGCUGGUUGAAGUGGGAGGCUCGGCCAAGUAUCUUCAAGACACCAAGAAGUCCAAGCAACAGGCCAGAGUCACUGUCCAGUACAAAGCCACCACCAGGUACGAGCAGCUCACCAUGAGCCACCUUGGAAUCCAGAAUAUUUCUCACCCAGCCAUCUUUGAGCAGGGUAUGGCCACCCACGUGGUCACCGCCAUCCUCUACGGAGCCCAGGCCUUCUUCGUCUUUGACCGAGAAGUUUCUUCCACAGAGAUAGUCAAAAGUAUCAAAGGAAAACUCCAGGCUACCAUCAAGAAGAUGAUCUCGGUCGGAGGAAAAGCAGCGGUCGAGCUGAACAAGGAGGAGACGGAGAACAUUCUGAAGUUCAGUUGCAAGUUCCAUGGAGACUUUUCUCUGGAGAGGAAUCCGGUCACCGUCCAAGAUGCCGUGCAAGUUUACGCAACUCUGCCGAAAAUGUUAGGGGAAUGUGGGGAGAAGGCCGUGCCCGUGCGGGUUUGGCUAUUCCCGCUGACCAAACUGGACACCAAAGCCGCUAAGAUGGUCCGUGAGAUCAGCCUAGCGUUGAUCUUUGAUGUUGAAAAGGUCUUAGAGGAACUGGACGAGAUCCAGAUGCAAAGCAACGAUCUGGCCAACAAUCCCGUUGCUGAGAGCUUCCCUGAGAUCAAAGAGAAGAUCCAGCAGUUCAAGGAUCUGUUAAAGCAACACAGGCAGACUUUCCAGAAACAGCUGGCCAGAGUGUUGCCUUCCAUCCGGGGAGGAGGACAGGAGGAAGGGACCCUGGUGGACCUCUUGACGUCCGUCAACCAGUCGCCCUUCAACGGCCGAAGACUCCGUGAAUUUCUCGACACCAAGAAAAGAGAAAUUAACUUUGUCAAAUCUUAUCUGACGAUUCUCGAAGACAUAGACGUCAUCUCAUCUCAGAACAUGUUGGAGGAAAUCGUUCUGGACUCCUCAAAUGGAUACGUGGUCAUCUUUAUCUUCACUUCUUUACACGAAGAGGAGCCGUUUCUGUUCACCUUACAGGACUGGCUUUGGGAGCAAUUCAUGCCAGGAUCAGCUAAGUCCACAAGGUCCACUCCUGGGAUGAAGAAGGGCAUGGCCUGGUUUGAGGACCAGGAGAGGACCCAGAAGGCUCGCCAAGCGGCCAAAUCCAUCCAAGACUUUUUCAGUGCUAAUCAAUCAAAUGAGACGUUCCGCUUUGUCGUGGCCUCACUCCCAGAUGUGGAGACCCCAGGAGCCUCCAUUUACCUUUAUGAAGACGGAAAGCUGGUCAGCAAGAACUUUGAGUUGCCCUCAAAGCCUCUCCCUUUCCUGAUUACUGAAGUGAGACACAACAGCAUUCGGCUGAAGUUUCAGCCAGCUGAAUAUGGAAAGGCUGCCAUCUCCAGCUACCUGGUAGAGUACAAGGUUGCAGGGAAAGAAAACUGGAAGACCGUGAGGACAGAGGAUACCCGGGAGACGUUCCUGCUGAAUGACCUUCUUCCAAAUACUAAGUACCAGAUCCAGUAUGCUGCCUGUUGCAAGCUUGGCCUUAGUAAAUUCAGUGAUACGACUGCCCCCGCAAAGACUCUUCCCAGCAGCCCUCCUGAGAAAGAGUUUCAUCUUCAAGGAGAGAGACGUGCGGAAGUAGAAGGACCCCGUCAUCGGAAAACAGGACCCCGAGAAGAGGAGCAGGAAAGUUGCAUCCCCAUUCCACCAUGGCCUGAGGACGACGAGGUGGAGCUCAGAAUUAUCCUUGUUGGAAAUCCCGAAGAUCGGGAAAGCAGCAGGUGGAAAACAAUCAUGAGAAAUGAUUGUUUUGUCUCCAAAAUGGAACCCCAGAGGAGACCCCGAAGGGAAGAGACCCUGUGGAAGGGCAGAGAGGUUCCCAUCGUCUAUACCGCUUCAGAUUUAACAGAUCCUGCAUCUUGGUCAGCAUAUUUUGCUCGGUUUAAGGAAGUCAUGAAGGGUGGUCAGCCAGGCCCCUUCGCCGUUAUCCACGUGGCUCGCUUAUUUUGCCACGAGUCAGACGAGACGGUGUACAGGAAGUACAUCAAGUAUGUUUUCCAGAGCAAAGCGCACCGCAACCUCAUCGUCCUGUUCAAUAGAACGAUGGCCCUGGGAGGCGAAACUCUAGAAAACUUCGUCUCUGUCCAAAACGUCACGACAAAGAAAUAUCUCACUGAAUGGCACGAUCAGUUCGAGGCGUUGAAAUGUGAUGAAGAGAACGAAGGAAAAGCUUAUGUGGUGGACCUGAUUCACACGAUCGACGAUCUUGUCGAAAAGAACCCAGAGGCCCGUGUUACUCGGGAAAAACCCAAAUAGGGUCCCUUUUACGGAGGCAUUGCCGCUUCUAAGAGAGAGGAGGUAGAGUUGGAUUGGUGACCUACAAAGUCCCUCCUGCCUCUGCUAUUCUAUU